GCGUUUACGGCUGGAUUCAGUGCUGGUGUGCUCGAUGUGAGGUGAGUGCGCGCGCGACGGUGCAGCACGAGUGCUUCGAAUGCUUGCGCUCGUAUGCAGCUUGUUUUGGCUGGUCGUUGAUCGAAAAACGUUCUCGCCGUCGUGCACAAUCGUGACACGAGAUUGGAAAAUUAAUUCGGCCGUCGCGAAUACGGGAGAACGGGAACGCGCGCGCACAGCUAUCCCGCAGGAUUGGAUAUCAAUAACGAUAUCUUUCACGAGAAAGAGAAGAGGAAAGCUUGACGAGCUCAACUGCCAAUAUACAACAUAAGGAGGGUGACAAGGACUCGUGAGUGAAACGCGAGUGACAGAAGUGACAGUGCAGCAUUUUGCGGAACGGCAACGGGGUGGCUCACAGGGGUGGCCAGCCCGCGGAUAAAGGGCGAAGGAAAUGGGCCGCUCCGUGUUUGAUACGUGAUACGAGGUGCGUGAGCGCGCGCGCGCGCGCGCGCGCUCCCUUCUGUAAGCCGCGCGUGUAUAUGUGGCGUGCGUACAUGCGUGUGUCAUCGUUGUCGUCGUCGUCGUCGUCGCCGUCGCCGUCGUCGUCGUCGUCGUCGUCGUCCUCGUCCUUGUCCUCGUCGUUAUCGUCGUUGUUGUUGUGCCGAGUCGCGUAGCUGUUGUGUAUCGGUCAUUGUACGCGUGUGCCGUUUGCUUGAAUGAAAGAGAAGGAAGAGAAAGGUUGCUGGUUACUUGGAGAGUGCCGAAACGAGCGUCAUCGCCCACCAAUUCGACAUUGACAUCGAGUGCAAAGGGAUAAAUUGUUUUCAAUGAAAACACAACGCGACAUGACAACAGCGAGGGAUAGUGUUGUUGCGAUGGCGACGGCGACGACGACGGUAAUAACGACAGCGUCUUCAUCGUCGUCGUCGUCGUCAUUAUCAUCGUUAUCGUCGUGGUCGUCGUCGUCGUCGUCGUCGUUGGCAAGCACGGCCGGAUCGUCGCGCCGCCUGCUCGCGACGACGCUACCGCUACUGCUAUUGCUACUAAUGUCAACACAUCCUGGUCCGGUCGCAGCUUCCUGCCGAUGGACCAAUGAGGCUGGGAACGACACCCGAUCGGCGGAUUGCGCUCUUCGCGUGCUGGAUCCCACGGCAAUCGUCGCUCUAGCACCGUCGCUGGACGGCGCGCUCAGAUUGCGGAUUCGUUGCAGCGAUGUACAUCAUUUCGAGAGCAGCCUGAACGCGCAGAGCUGGCAACGACUCGCUGGUUUGCACGAGCUGCACGUGCACGGCUGUAAAGUGUUACGGAUACCAGAAGGUGCGUUUCAGCCCCUACUCGAGCUCAAGCGGCUUGUCGUACAAACUUUCAAUGCCGCCUGGGGCGCUGCCAAAAAUUUGGAGUUCGCGCCACGCUCUCUUCUAGGUCUUCGCGAACUUCACACUCUCGAAAUCAUCGAAAGCAACGUACUGAGAUUGCCGCCCAAUCUACUUUGUGAAUUAGAUAACUUGCAAACUCUGAAUCUCACCGGUAAUCGUAUUAGUGACAUCGAUGACAUUGGUCUCAAAGUGCUAGGUACCGAGGCCUGCCGCGCCGAUGUUCGGAUUUUGGAUUUGUCGCGCAACGAGCUCCGACGAUUGUCCGUGGACGGGCCACUAGUGAGCUUACGACAGUUGCAAGAAGUACACUUGCAACGCAACGUGAUCGCCGAGAUCGACAAGAACGCUUUAGACGGACUCACGAUGCUGCGCACCUUCAAUGCCAGCCACAACGUCCUAGACUCCUUGCCCGAAGGCCUUUUCGCCAGCACGCGUGACCUGCGGGAAAUACAUUUGGCGUACAACGGACUACGUGACUUGCCCUCGGGCGUAUUUACUCAUCUUGACCAGCUGCUAGUUUUGAAUCUUGCCAAUAAUCGUCUCGGCAGCGAUCGCGUCAACGAGACCACCUUUCUCGGCCUAAUUCGCCUCAUCGUACUUGAUCUGUCGUACAAUCAAUUAACGCACAUCGACGCUCGCAUGUUUAAGGACCUGUUUUUCUUGCAGAUCCUUGAUCUACGCAAUAAUUCGAUCGAUCGUAUCGAGAGCAAUGCAUUUCUACCGCUCUACAAUCUCCACACGCUCGAGCUAUCCGACAACAAACUCCAUACCGUGGGAGCGCAGCUUUUUAAUGGUCUCUUCGUCCUAAAUCGCCUGACCAUGUCGGGGAAUUCAAUUGCGAAUAUCGACCCCGUCGCGUUUCGCAAUUGUUCCGAUCUUAAGGAAUUGGAUUUAAGCGGCAACGAGCUCACUGCCGUACCGGAUGCGUUGCGCGAUCUCGCCUUUCUCAAGACCCUGGAUUUAGGUGAGAACCGAAUCAACGAGUUCCAUAAUGGCUCUUUCCGCAAUCUCCACCAGCUCACCGGUCUCCGUCUGAUCGGCAACGACAUUGGCAAUUUGACGCGCGGCAUGCUUUGGGACCUGCCGAAUCUCCAGAUUCUCAAUCUGGCCCGUAACAAGGUACAACACGUGGAGAGGCAUGCAUUCGAACGCAACGUUAGACUCGAGGCUAUUCGCCUCGACGGCAAUUUUUUGUCGGACAUCAACGGCGUGUUUACAAGUAUCACCAGUCUGCUGCUGCUAAAUCUAUCGGAAAAUCACAUAGAGUGGUUCGAUUACGCUUUCAUCCCGGGCAAUCUCAAGUGGCUCGACAUUCACGGCAACUUUAUCGAGAGCCUCGGCAAUUAUUACAAGAUUCGCGAUUCCAAGGUCCGAACCCUGGACGCCAGUCACAAUCGUAUUACCGAACUCUCGCCGCUAUCCGUGCCGGACAGCGUCGAGUUACUGUUUAUAAACAAUAACUAUAUCAGCACCGUACGACCCAAUACAUUCGCCGAGAAAGUAAAUCUCACCCGGGUGGACAUGUACGCCAACAUGAUCGAGUCAAUGGAGUUGACAUCGCUGUUACUGACCAAGGUGCCAGACAAUAAGCCUCUGCCAGAAUUCUACAUCGGAGGCAAUCCCUUCAAUUGCAAUUGCUCGAUGGAUUGGCUACCGGCCAUCAAUAAUCAGACUUCGACUCGGGAAUAUCCGCGUGUCAUGGAUCUCGACAACGCCAUGUGCCGUACCUCUGGACCGCGAGGAGUCGCUAUCGUUCCGGCCUCGAGCGCUCGCUCGGAGCAAUUUCUUUGCCGUUACGAGGCGCAUUGCUUUGCUUUGUGCCACUGCUGCGAUUUUGACGCCUGCGACUGCGAGAUGACCUGUCCAGCUGGAUGCAAAUGCUACAACGAUCGCACAUGGAAUACGAACGCGGUUGAUUGCUCGGGUCUCGCGGUCGAGGAGAUUCCACGUAGAAUUCCGAUGGACGCAACCGAAGUGUAUCUAGACGGCAACGUGUUACGAGAGUUGCAGAAUCACGCAUUCAUCGGCCGUAAGAACAUGCGCGUGCUGUACGUAAACGCCAGUAGCAUCGAGUCCAUUCAGAAUCGCACGUUCAACGGUCUCAACAACCUGCAAAUUCUCCAUCUCGAGGACAAUCGAAUACGCGAGCUCAAAGGAUUUGAGUUUGAACGAUUGUCGCACUUGCGCGAGCUCUAUUUACAAAACAACGCGAUUGGUUUUAUCGGAAAUCUGACGUUCCUACCCCUGCGAUCGCUCGAGAUUCUCAGAUUGCAUGGUAAUCGACUGGUAACCUUCCCUGUAUGGCAGGUCACUCUCAACGCCCGAUUGGUCGAGCUGUCCCUGGGCGGCAACCCGUGGUCUUGCCGCUGCAAGUUUCUGCAGGAGUUGUCCUCCUGGGUGUCGGACAACGCGCACAAGGUCAUCGACGCUAGCGAUGUGUGGUGUUACUACGGCGGUGAUGCCAGACAGACGGCCUAUCGGCGUCGUUUAAACGUCAACGAGACCGCUUGUUCGGACUACUUCUCCCAGGGUGGCAUGAUCGAGAGUAUCAUGGUGUCGGACUAUCUGCCCUUGGUGGCUGCUACUCUUUCGGCCGUUCUCGUUCUUCUAGUGAUUAUAGUACUUGCCUUCGUGUUCCGUGAACCUGUCGGUGCCUGGGCGUACUCCAAGUAUGGAUUACGUUUUUUGCGCGCGAAACCCAGCAAGACUGUCGUGACAACGGCUACCAUGGGCUCCGCGGCUGCCAUGGGCGCGGGUUGCUGCGACGCCGAUCGCGAUCGCGUGUACGACUGCUAUGUUUGUUAUAGCCCGAACGACGAGGACUUUGUGCUACGAUCAUUGGCGGUCGAGCUGGAGCACGCCAGUUUGAGACUCUGUCUUCAUCACCGAGACUUACCUUGCAUUCUGCGCGCCUCCGCGCCCGCGCCAGCGAUUCUCGAGGCGGUAGAUGCGUCGCGACGCGUGUUAAUCGUGCUGACCCCUAAAUUCCUCCAGACCGAAUGGUCGCGCUUCGAGUUCCGCGCGGCUCUGCACGAGGCUCUGCGCGGUCGUGCCUCCCAGCUGAUCAUUAUACAGGCCGGUCACGUCGACAUUGAGAUUGAACGUGAUCCUGAGUUACGGCCUUAUCUGAGAACCGCGGCACUCGUACUUACGUGGGGUGAGAAGAGGUUUUGGGAACGAUUGAGAUACGCCAUGCCGCCGUCCACCACUGCCGCCAUUAUUGCCACUAAUACCACUACCGGCGUCGCCGCUGGUGACGUAUCCGUGGAAAGCAAAUCUUCCCCGCUGGUUUACAAACGUAAUAUCAACACCUAUACGCUGGAUGGUGGCAUCGGGAGCCUCGAGAAGAGCGGUGUUUCAACGUUGCGUGGUGGUCAACGCGCCGCGCUCUUCAAGGACACUUCUUCGGCGCUAAUGCUGCAACACGCGCCACCCGCUUACUCGUGCGGUUCUCCUCUUCCCAUAUUACCGCAACAACAACAACAACAGCAGCAGCAGCAGCAGCCGUCACCGCAGCCGCCUUUGUCGUCACCGGCGCAACCUAGGCUGACGGUCAAUCACGCUUACCGAGACGUGAUGCUGCCAGUCAGUAAUCUCAUCACGACCGCUACCGCUACGACCAACUCCGGCAUCGGCGAGGACCACAGGAGACCACUAUCCGAGCAUAUCUACUCGUCCAUCGACUCCGACUAUUCAACCCUCGAGAGGACCGCCUGGAGGCAGCAGCAACCGCCGCCAUCGCCGCCCCCGCCCUCCUCCGGACAGGCCUAUCUAGUUUAGCUCCGUCAUCGUGUCGUCGAUUUGACCAUCGCUAACGAUGAGGUAGCUCGUUCUCGAAAGGUUGUGCUGAAUCUUGCGCUCGUGAUUCGUGAUUCGCGACGUCGUCGUUGCGACCUCAAAGUCGAUCCGCAAUUUCGAUAGACCUUAUCAAUUCUCAAAGACGCGUAUCGAACCACGAAUCUCCGCGAGAUACACGUGUACAUAGCUCAGAGACGUUGUCGCGAAGGGAGAGGGACAGAAUGUUCGCGUAUCAUAAUUAUCUGUCAAGAUUUUCAAGAUGUGAUAACGGGUCGUUCGUUUCUCGUUCGACGAUACGCGAUAACUUUUAUUCUUUUCUGUUAUUAUAAUUUGACCGACGCAUUUUUCUCCUGAUUCUUUUUUUUUUUUUUUUUUUAUUUCUCCUUCGUCUUCCUUCGCUCCGUUCAACGUAAUAAGAUCUCCCCCUUUGCUGCGCGUAUGCGCACCCUCGGAAUGAGUAAUUGCGAAUUUCUGAAUGACAUGUCGCAAGAAUACGUUUCGUUUGGGUAUAGGGUGUUCCUUUAUAUACAAAAUGAAUUUUGUUUGCAACCAAAAUAUUGAUGUAAGUGAUAUUGUAAAUUGAAUUUUUUUCUACUUAAAAGUGUAUAAGAAAAGAUUUAAUUAGUUAUCUCGCAUUUAUUUUCAUAAUUGAUUUCUCGUUAUAUAUUAUUAUAAUCUUAAUUU